CCUGGCUCUGCCAUCAUGGUCCUGUCUGCAGACACCCGACAGGCAGCUGUGGCUGGGAUAGCUGUGCUGGGGGCCACCUUUGUGGCUGGGGUCUACAUUGGCAAAAAAUAUUUUAUGUACAGAAGGAAAAAGUCACAGAAAAUGUUUGAUGGACAGGAUGACCCACGUAGAGCGUACUUGCUCCGCCUCUCCCUCAGAGAACACCCAUCUGCGAAGAAGCUAAGACAGCAUCUUUCAAGGAUCACUCCACAGGAUAUAAGCAGCGAUGCCAUCCAACUAUUGGCAAACCUGGCUAAAAUAAUUAAAUCUAAGAAGAUUUUAGAUAUGGGGUGGAGCUAUGGUUACAAUCCUUUGAUCUUGGCAUUGGUAUUGCCAUCUGAUGGAAAGGUUGUUGCAAACGUGCGAGACACAGAGGAUGUCAGAAGUGCAAAGGAAUACUGGACUGAGGCCGGUGUGGACAGUAAAAUUGAUGUUAAAUUACAGCCUGAAGAACAGACACUGGAUGACCUGUUCUCUACUGGACAAGCUGGUACAUUUGACUUAAUUUCCAUGAAUAUGGCUCAUCAACAGAAUUGCAGAAAAUGCUAUGAAAAAUGUCUGCGUCUCUUGAGGAGUGGAGGAAUACUAGCCAUAGAUGGGGUUCUGUGCAGUGGAGCCGUACUGAGAAUGAGCCCUAAGGAUGAGAGUGUACAGGGAAUGAAUCAGCUGAAUGAAGCCAUCUUAAGGGACGCUCGCAUAUUUUUAAGUAUCCUACCUCUUGCCGAUGGACUGAUGUUAUGUUUUAAACUUUGA